AUGGUCGACAUCGUCCCCCUCUCGUCCUACCCCUCGUACAUCGACCUCCUCCCCUCCAUCCAGACCUGCAACAUCACCAACCUCCCCGAAAACUACUUCCUCAAAUACUACCUCUACCAUGCCCUGACCUGGCCGCAACUGAGCUUCGUCGCCGUCAUGCGGCCCCGCAACGGCUACUCGAAACAUAAGGGCGACGGCGGCGCGGGGACCGGCGAUCUCUCCGGCCAGUAUCCCAAGGUCGUCGGGUACGUGCUCGCGAAGAUGGAGGAGGAGCCGACGGACGGGGUGCAGCAUGGGCAUAUCACGAGUUUGAGUGUGAUGCGCACGCAUCGGCGGUUGGGUAUCGCGGAGCGCUUGAUGAGGAUGAGUCAGCGCGCAAUGGCCGAGUCUCACCGCGCCAGCUACGUCUCGCUGCACGUGCGCAUGUCCAACAUCGCCGCCCUGCACCUGUACCGCGACACCCUCGGCUUCAAGGUCGAUUCCGUCGAGAGCAAGUACUACGCGGAUGGGGAGGAUGCGUAUGCCAUGCGCAUGGACCUGACCGGCCAAUGGCUGGACUGGGCUGAGAUCGAGCGAAAGGACCGCGAGCGCGCCAAGAGCGACGAGAAGGAUGCCGAUGAGGGCGACGAGGUUGGAAGCUUGGGUAAGAAGGACGAGAAGACGGUGCGUGUGAAGGUCGGCCGGAGUCUGGGUGUGGGCGAUCUGGUCGAGAAGAAUGAAGCCAAACCGGCAGAGCAGAGCGUUAGCUCGUAG